UUAAGUUCCUCCGUAUAGGGCGUGAUAAAGUUUGCUGUUCAGUGUUAUGUUUUUUGUGAGAUAGAGACUCUUUUAAAUAAGCUGUGUUUCAACUUCUACAGAAGUUUAAAAUCUUAUUUACUUUUCUGUUUAAUGGGUAUGUUAUCUACUUACUUGAAAUAUUACAUCUAUUACAAAUCUAUUUUUCAUUAAAAACAACCCUAUGUGAUGAAAAUGUAAAUGUACUUUCAAAACUGGUAAAUGCAUGAACCAGGGCAUUGACACUGGUUGGAGAGAAAUUAUAGGCUUUGUUUAAUUAAUACCUAUUUCAUUUUAGGCUUCUACUGAUAAUGGAGAGUAGAAACAACAAGAAGUGCGUUAUUUGUAAUAAGAGGCGAAGUCGUGGUGGAUCACCCUUACUUUUGAGUAGGUUUCCUCUGGAUUCUGACCGUUGUCGAAUGUGGGUUAAAAAUGCUGGCUUAGAAGACUUAGCAUAUGUACCUAUUGAAAAGUUACACCAACUGAAGUUUGUUUGUGGUGGGCACUUCACUCCUGAAUCCUUCAAUGCCAAAGGAACUCGGCUGAAGAACUCAGCUAUUCCAACACUGGAAUUGAGCAAUCCCAUCUUGCCAGAUGAAGUUUUGACAGAGUUUCCUCUUCAUGUAAAAGACUCCAAUAAAGAAAACCUCAAGACAGUUCUUUAUGAUCAUUCAUAUUGCAUUCCAAAGAAGUCAAAUCCAGUUGAACGAGUUCCCCUUACAACUACAACCAAACAACUAAAUUCAACAUGUUUGGGAGCUGUGGAUAUACCAGAUUCUGGUAUUUCUGCGAAAACAACUUUUGAACCUCUUCCUUCUACUUCCAAUGCACCAGAACAUAUGACCUAUAAACCCAUUACUCAUGAUGAUAAAAAGAUUUGCCAUCAAGAUGCACAGGCAGAAAUAUUAGUCCACAGUUAUAAAAGACCUAAGAAAAACAUUGAAAUGAAAGGUAAGAUAAAACAUACCUAAUUUAAAAAACUAAGUAAAAUUGCUGAUUAAUAAACCAAUAUUCAAUUCAAUUUGCUUUAAUGUUGUUUUUUUUUACUAAUGGAAAUGUUUUUAUUACAGACACUUCAUCAACAUUUACAAUUAAGAGAAGAGGCUUUGGCGACAGUUACAAAAUGCAA